CCGCCGAGCUUCGCGGGCGCAGCCGCGCCCGCCGCCCGGCCUCGCUCGCGCCCCGCGCCCCUCGCCCAGUCGCUGGGGCGGCCGGGGAAGCCAAACAUAGGCCUCUGCGCACAGGGCGCGAACCCCGCCGGCGGCGCCGCUGGCCCGAUGAGCGCCCGGCCCGAGCCCAGCAGCUCAGGAGCCACCACAGGAGCGUGGCCGCAGCACGCAUGGCCCGUACACCCCCAGCAGUCCGGCUGGUCGUCCUCAGUUCAGCUGGCACCCCCGCAGCAGCCCGGCUGGUCGUCCUCGGAUUGGCCCGCGCCUGGGCAGCACACUUGGCCAUUUUCGGACGGCCAGUCGCUUCCCGAGAAGUACGGCUGGUCGUUCUCGGAUAAGCGAGCUGAAGGACCCGGCGCCAGGAGGCGCCGCAGCGGGUGGGACUGCGGCGCGCCGCAGACCUGGACAGGCGGCGGUGGCGAGUCUGCUGGCAACGACUGGGGGUGCAAGAAGCCAGCCGACUGGAUAUGCCCCAAUUGUAGCGACCUCCAGUACGGCAAGAACGAGGUGUGUCGGAUUUGCGGGACUCUCCGACCGCCAGGGGCAGCCGAAGGAGAGUGCGGCUGGGCACGCGCCGACAGGGACCAGGCGCAGGGCACCGCGCCCAAGAAGAAGGAGAGGCACCUGCCCCGGGUGCGCGGCGGGCGCAAGGUGCAGGCGCAGAAGCGCCGGGAGGAGGAGGCGCGGCAGCGGGCGCAGGAGCGCGGGCUCGCGGGCGCCCCGCAGACGCCGCCGCCGCCGCGGGCGCCCGGGAGUCGCGCGUGCCGGCUGGGCGCCUUCACGAUGCGGACGGCGUCCCUCCUCCCCUCGCGCCUGCUGCGCGGAGGCGCUGCGGCGGGCCAAUCGCGGGCGCCCGUGACGCCUCCAUUGCCGUCUACGAGGGCGCGCAGGCAGCACCGCGCCGACCCCGAGCGCCACGCCCGCCCGCCGCCGCCCCCCGGCGACCCCGGCGCCUGGCGCGGGGCCCCGGCGGAGCCCGCGGCGCAGCCGGUCCCCACCUCCGAGCCCGGCGCCUGCCCGGGGCCCCCUGGCGAUCUCGGCGCAGGCGCGGGGCACGGCGCCACCACCGCCGGGCCCGAGCCACCAGUAUGCAUCGAGGCUUCUCCAUCGAAGACAUACGAUGACGAUCUUGAGCCUUUGACUACAUCAGGUUCAUGCUUGACCAGCACGGGGGAAUCGUUGGCAAGCGGCUUGAGUCCCCACUUGGAGUGGCGCAACAACAAGAAGCAAGAUGUGCACGAAUAUUCCUGGAGCGACUGGAGCUACCCCAAUACGAUCCACACCGAGAUGAGCGACGACAAGAGAAAGAAGGAGAAGGAUGACGAGCUACUCUGCAAGCUGAGGGAGAUUAGGAAGCGCGUAGAGGAGGCCAACAACGCAGCAGCUCAGAACGCCGAGAAAGCGACAAUUGCGAAGGCUGUGGGCAUCAGGCCACCGCUUCCACCGCCGCCUCCACCACCUGCUCGGGUCCCCGAGCGGAGAGCGCCUAAUUCUUCAAAUCGUGCGGAUAGCGUCCAAACGACGCAUUCGCUGAAUGCGUCUUCAACAGACCCGACGAGUCAGCAUGCCGUCAAAGAGCCGCGACGUGCCUGGACGUAUCCUACAAGGAAGGACGCCAUCGUGUUCCCGAAGGCAGGUCCAAAAGAUACAUCCGUUCCACAGUCGUACACCAGGCCAGAGUCAGCAGGAGUUGAACCAUGGCCAGUUCAUUACAACGUUGCAGUGCAGACUCUGAACGAAGCUACCUCGAAAGAAUAUGCCAGCGCACCGGGAGCAGAAGGAGGGCAAGGGCAAGGAGAGGGAAGACCAUCUGGAGGCACGUCAGAAGGAGAGUUGAGCAGAGCAGAGCCCUUGAAGUCUUUCUCGAAGGCAGCCUCACUAGUUUACAAUGGCAGUGCGUGGAUGAUUUCAAAGGCAGGCAAGGGCGAGUCCCUUCAGCAGGUUGCUUCAGGGAGCUUGGCUCAGUUUCCAAAUGAGAGCCAGCCUGGGGGCAUCUUCUUCCAGACUCGCAGUCAGGAGGCACAUUCACAAGAAGGUAUCAAGGAGCAUGCACAGGUUCUGAAAGAGAAGAGGCAUAAUAAGGAUAAGGCUUCACAUGACAAGAAGGGCAAGAAGGAGAAGCUGGAUAAGAAGGAGAAGAAAGAGAAGACCACGAAGCGGAAGAAGCGAACGGCAGACGAGCACGAAGGAAGGGAGGAAAAGGAAAAGGAAAAGAGACACCGGUCUCGGAGUGCAGCGACGAGUGGACGCCGUGGAGUUUCACCAUUGACGCCUCACCUGAAUCCAACGAGUGGUCAAGCAACAGCCAAGGCCUCAACGCAGCAGGCGACUCCACAGGUCCAGUCACAUGCCGAUUCGCCUGCAGCCGACGUAUUGGAUGGAGCUCUUCCGUCGUCUGCGGGUCCUUCAGGAGUUUCCGUUCCGCCAGCUGGACUGGUGCCCGCGUCAAGUUGUGAUGCCGAGCAGAGCAGCAGCCAUGAAGUUCGACAGCCUGCGGUGGCAGACAUGGCCAAGCAGCGUGACAGGAGCGGCAGCAAGGCAUCCCAAUCUAGGUGUGCAAGCCGUUCAGCCAGAAGCACUCGGGCAGCGCAGAGCCAGGGCAGAGGAAAGGAUACACGGUCUGGUGAGGCGAACGAUCUCGUAUCGUCAGAUGGUGAGCUCCAUGGGCAUGGACCAGGCAGUGACGGCGCUGAUGAGGCGGCAUCCGCAUGA